AUGACACUAUCACCAGGAAAACUUGUCAAGUUAUUAAAAAUUCUAGAUGAAGAAAAUUUAAAUAAGCCCUUAGAAAGUUUGAUGAAACAAUUUCAUCUUGAGUUUCCAAAAGAGGAUCGUUUCAAGGUUGGAAUGACACUUUUACUUAUGCUCCAACAAUCAGAUCUUCUGCCAAAUUCAAUUCAACGAUUAAUAGCAUUAUCAACGUUAUUUAAUCUUUAUCAAGGUGAACCACUUGCAUCAACACCAUUUGCAAGUGUAUUUUGUAAAAUGUUAUCAUUUCAAGAUAAACCAGAUAACAAAAAAAAUAUAUCAAUUAAUACUCCAAAAUUAACAAAAUGUGAAUUAAAUUUAUUGAUAAAUUUAAUUGGUACAAAUUCAUCUGAUAUAAUUAAAAAAACACCACGACAAUUGCUUGAUGAUCAUGCUCAUCCAACACCAGGACAAAUUGAUGAUUUUUUAAAAAAUUUACAACUAGAAAUAGUUGAGUAUCAUUCAGAAUUUCCAGCAGUAUCAAAAUGUGGUAAUUCAAUAAUUUUACCAGACAAUAAUAAUCAAAUGAAAAAUGACAAUGAUGCAGCUGAUGCUGAAGCUGUUGAUGAUGCUGCAAAUAGAAAAUUAUUAUUAAAAAAAUUAUUAACAGGUGAUCCACCAUAUUGUAAUAAAAAUUAUUGUCCAGAAUUUUUACGUCUAGUACCACCAAUGUAUAAUAAACCAGGUGGUUUAAAUUGGAUGAGUUUAUCAGAGCCAACACAAUUUAAUGUUGAGUAUGAUUAUAGUAUGUGUGUACCAAAUACUGCUGAGGCAAGAAUUCUCAUGGCUAAAGCAUUUAAACAUGUGUUGACACUGCAACAACAACAAAAUCUUGUUACUGAAUUAAACAACGAUCCAAAGCUUGUUUAUCAUAUUGGUUUGACACCUGGUAAAUUGCCAGAAUUAGUUGAAAAUAAUCCAUUAAUUGCAAUUGAAGUAUUACUUAAACUGAUGCAGUCUAGUCAAAUAACUGAAUACUUCAGUGUGUUGGUCAACAUGGAAAUGUCACUGCAUUCAAUGGAAGUUGUUAAUAGACUAACAACAACUGUUGAUUUACCAACUGAAUUUGUGCAUCUUUAUAUUAGCAAUUGUAUAUCAACAUGUGAAACAAUCAAAGAUAGAUAUAUGCAAAAUCGUCUUGUUCGUCUUGUUUGUGUAUUUUUACAAUCACUUAUUAGAAAUAAAAUAAUUGAUGUUCAAGAAUUAGUUAUUGAGGUGCAAGCAUUUUGCAUUGAAUUUAGUAGAAUUAGAGAAGCUGCUGCACUUUUUAGAUUGCUUAAACAACUUAGGUCUGAUGAUACUGCUGAGCUCAAUACAUCAACGACUAAAAAAAAUAUUGAUACUUGCUAAUUUGCAUUAUUUUAUAUUUAUAUAUCAAUUGUAAUUGUAAUUUACUUUUUGCUUAUUAAUUUUUUUUUUUUUAUUGUAAAUUAUUAUUUUUAUUAUAAUUUCAAGGUGACUUGGAAAAACUUAAUGAUGAUUAUUAUCGACAAUGAAUUUUUCAACGUAUUUUUAUGUAAAUAAUUAUGAGAAAAAAGAAAAAAAAAUUUUAAUAAAUAAUUUUUGAUAAUUGUAUAAUUAAAAGUAGAUUUGCUAAUUUUUCAAUUUUUUAAUUUGAAAUUAAUUUUAUUUUUUUAAAUUUACUCAUUAUUCUUGAGGAAUUAAAAUUCAAUUUUUUUUAGCAUAAAAAUUUAUGAUAUAAUAAUUUGUAAAUUAUUUUUGAUUAUUUUGAAAAAAUAAAAAAUUUUAAAUUUCAUUUUUAAAUAAAAACAACAAAAUACUAUUGUUUGAAUUUUUUUUUUUAUUUGCUAUCAGGUGUCUUACAGCUGAUGGUGUAUUUUUAUUUAUAAUUUUUUUUUUAUUCUGUCAAUUACCAGUUGCCACCCCCUCAUGUAUUAUGCUGACAACUCGUGUGUGUUUGUAAAGCAUUGUAAACUGUAAAGUGCAGUCGUACCAAAGGGCACUAAAAAAAAACAGCCAGGAAUUAUCCUGCAUAGAUAUUUAUAUUUAUUUUUAUAUAUCAAAUUAAAUUAUUUAUACUUUUAAAAUGAUUGUAAUUAGCAAGUGUAUUAUACUCUUUACAAUUUUGGAAAUUUUUAAUUUAACAUUUUUAAUAAAUGCACAAG